UUCCGAAGACGAAGUCGAUGCCACGCUCGAACACAGGAGUCUCGAGGAGCCUUUCGCCCGUCGCGUCAAGGGAUUCGGAGACGGGAGUUUCGAGGGGAAUGUAGCGUUGCUGACGUCCUCGAGUCAAGGAGCAGCUUCGGGGAAUCACUUCGUCAGGUUCUCGAGUCAGGAGGAUCCGUCUAGUCAGGAGGAAGUCACCAGGACGUCGAGUGUCCCUCCUUCGGUCCCCAGCUUCGGGUCGGGCAAGCAACUUCUUCAUUCCUUCCGCAACCCGAACUUCCAUUCGUUCGAGAUCUCCAGCGAGGUACCUGAUGACCUCGAAGACGCUGUAGAAGAUGCUCUCGAACGCGCGGGUUUCGACGACGAUGACUUCGAUGACGACGAUGACCUGAUCUUCAGACCCGGGAGCCUCGUGGACAUGUACAACGACCGGACGAGCGAGACCCGCCUGGCGCUCAGCGAGGACCUCCUGGGGACGUACUACCACAACAUCGACACGCAGGGAAGCGUCCACUGGAACUACAAGCUCGCCGACCAGUACCAAGAACACACGGUCCAUCGCGACGGCCAUAUGGAAGGGCGCUUUGGCUGGACGGCGCCAGGGGGGCAGGAAGUGAGGGUGCAGUACGUAGCCGACGAGGGAGGGUACAGAGUCCUAAGCUCCCAGGGCGUCCACCCUGUCGACAGCGACGAGGUGGAGGAGGCCAGGAAGCUCCACUUCUUAGUUCACAAGAAUCUGGCCGAUCAGCGCCGCCAGGGGUAUGGGACGAGCGCCCCGGCCGUGCCCUUCCCGAUUGGCACUCCGGCGGCAGGAGGAGGUGCGCCUUUCCCCCCAGGGCAAGGGACGGGGGCGCCCUUCAGUCCCUCCGAUCCGUGCCUCCUGUUGGGCAAGCAGCACCCGAGCCUUGUGCCGGAGGAGUGCCGCGUGCCCGGGCAGUUCGGGGCGGAUGGCACCGUCGCGGGCACUGGCGGCGUGCCCUUGCCGGGUAUUGGCGGGGCGCCGGGCACGGCUCCUGGCACAGGGGCAGGGGCAGGGGCUGGCUUUGACGCGUCGAGUGGAGGCGCGCCCUUGCCUGGGUUGGGAGGAGGUGCCGGAGGGUUUGACACUGGACCAGGUGCCGGAGGGUUUGACACUGGAUUUGGUGCCGGAGGAGGAUUCGGUGCUGGAGCAGGUGCCGGAGGAUUUGACACUGGACCAGGUGCUGGAGCAGGUGCCGGAGGAGGAUUCGACACUGGAGCAGGUGCCGGAGCAGGUGCCGGAGGGUUCGACACUGGAGCAGGAUUUGGCGCCGGAGGAUUUGACACUGGAGCAGGUGCCGGAGCAGGUGCCGGAGGAUUUGACACUGGAUUUGGCACCGGAGGAGGAUUCGACACUGGACCAGGUGCUGGAGGUGUCCCACUUCCCGGCAUAGGUGGAGGAGGUGCCGGAGGAUUUGACACAGGGGCAGCUGGUGGUGCCGGAGCAGGUUUCGACACUGGAGCAGCUGGACCAGGCUUCGACACUGGUUUCGGAGGAGGAGCAGCUGGAGGAAGUGGAGUUCCUCUCCCAGGAGUAGGUGGAGCGGGUGGAGGAGCAGGUGGAGCUGGAUUCGACGGAGGAGCAGGUGGAGCGGGCUUUGACGGAGGAGCAGCUGGACCGGGUUUCGGAGGAGCAGGUGGAGCAGGUGGAGCGGGGUUUGACGGAGCUGGAGGCUUCGGAGGAGCAGGUGGAGUACCUCUUCCCGGAGUAGGUGGAGCAGGUGGAGCGGGGUUUGACGCUGGCUUCGGAGGAGCAGCUGGAGGAGUAGGUGGAGCAGGUGGAGCAGGGUUUGAUGGAGCAGCAGGACCGGGGUUUGACGGAGGAGCAGCUGGAGGCUUCGACACUGGCUUCGGAGGAGGAGCAGCUGGAGGAGCAGGUGGAGUUCCUCUCCCCGGAGCAGGUGGAGCAGGUGGACCAGGCUUUGAUGGAGGAGCUGGUGGAGACUUUGGAGGAGCAGCUGGUGGAGGCUUCGACGCUGGCUUCGGAGGAGCAGCUGGAGGAGGAGGAGGAGGAGGAGGUGUACCCGCGCCUGGAAUAGCUGGAGCAGGUGGAGCAGGUGGAGCGGGGUUUGACGCAGCUGGAGGCUUCGACGCGGGCUUUGGAGGAGCAGCUGGACCAGGUGGAGCAGGUGGAGACUUUGGAGGAGCAGCUGGAGGUUUUGGAGGACCCCCUGGAGCCCCUGGUGGAGCCGGAGCGGGGUUUGACGGAGCUGGAGGCUUUGGAGGCGCAGCUGGACCAGGGUUUGACGGAGGAGCAGCUGGAGCCCCUGGUGGAGCAGGAUUCGACGCUGGGUUCGGAGGAGCAGCUGGAGGUGCAGGUGGAGUUCCUCUCCCGGGAGUAGGUGGAGCAGGAGGAGCGGGGUUUGAUGGAGCAGCAGGACCGGGGUUUGACGGAGGAGCAGCUGGAGGAGGUUUUGGAGGAGCAGGAGGAGCGGGGUUUGACACCGGCUUUGGAGGAGCAGGUGGAGCAGGUGGAGCGGGGUUUGAUGGAGCAGGUGGAGCUGGCAGUCCGGGGUUUGACGGAGCAGCUGGAGGCUUCGACGCUGGCUUCGGAGGAGGAGCAGCUGGAGGAGCAGGUGGAGUUCCUCUCCCCGACGUAAGUGGAGCAGGUGGAGCGGGGUUUGACACCGGCUUCGGAGGAGCAGCUGGACCAGGUGGAGCGGGGUUUGAUGGAGGAGCAGGACCGGGGUUUGACGGAGGAGCAGCUGGAGGUUUUGGAGGAGCAGGUGGAGCAGCUGGAGCAGGAGGAGCGGGGUUUGACGGAGCAGCUGGAGGUUUUGGAGGAGCAGGUGGAGCAGGUGGAGCGGGGUUUGAUGGAGCAGCAGGACCGGGGUUUGACGGAGGAGCAGCUGGAGGUUUUGGAGGAGCAGGUGGAGCAGGUGGAGCGGGGUUUGAUGGAGCAGCUGGUGGAGCAGGAUUCGACGCUGGCUUCGGACUCGACGCUGGAGGAGGAGGAGGAUUAGGAGGAGGAGGAGGCGUGCCCCUUCCCGGGAUCGGUGGAGGCGCCGGCGGUGCGGGAUUCGAGCCUUCGGGACCGCCAGGGGGCUUCGGGCCCGGAGCGGGGGGGAGUUUCCCCGCCGGGUCGCCGGGGAGUGGAUUCGACGCGGGUGGAGCUGGUGGAUUCGACACAGGAGCUGGUGGAUUUGACACAGGAGCUUCCGCUGGAUUUGACACAGGAGCUGGUGGAUUCGACGCGGGUGGAGCUGGUGGAUUUGACACAGGAGCUUCAUCUGGAUUCGACACAGGGGCUGGUGGAUUCGACACGGGAGCUGGUGGAUUCGACGCGGGUGGAGCUGCUGGAUUUGACACAGGAGCUUCCGCUGGAUUUGACACAGGAUCGAGUGGCGGAUUUGAUGUCUCUGGUGGCUUUGGCACCGGUUCGACUGGCGGCGUGUCUCUGCCUGGACUAAGUGGCGGAGCUGACACGACUGGGGCAGCCGGGGCGGGGUUUGACACCGCUGGAGGAAGUCCCGGAGGAUUCGACACCGCUGGAGGAAGUCCCGGUGGAUUCGACACUGCAGGAGGUUCCGCAGGAUUCGACACUUCUGGAGGAUUCGACAUUGCUGGAGGAUUUGGCACUUCUGGAGGAAGUCCCGGAGGAUUUGACACUUCUGGCGGUGCCGGAGGAUUCGACACCGCAGGAGGAUUUGGCACUUCUGGAGGAGCUGGAGGAUUUGGCACUACUGGAGGAGCCGGAGGAUUCGACACCGCAGGAGGAUUCGACACCGCAGGAGGAUUCGACACCGCAGGAGGAUUCGACACCGCAGGAGGUUCCGCAGGAUUCGACACUUCUGGAGGAUUUGGCACCGCAGGAGGAGCCGGAGGAGUGCCAUUGCCAGCAGUGGGCGGUGCCUCCGGUGGCAUCCCAGGCUUCGACGCCGGCACCAGCUCGACCUUCGACGCCGGGAUCGACGCUGGGAGCAGCCCGGCGCUUGGCGGGGGGUCGAGCGGUGCCUCCUCGGCUGGUUUCGACUUGAGUAGUUCCUCGUCUGGUUCAUCCGGGUUUGACUUGAGUGGUUCCUCUGGUUUCGACUCGAGCGCGAGUGGUUCCUUUGGUUCCUCUGGUUUCGACCUGAGUGGUUCCUCUGGUUUCGACGCGAGUGGGUCGUCUGGUUUUGACUUGAGUGGUUCCUCGUCUGGUUCCUCUGGCUUCGACCUGAGUGGUUCCUCUGGCUUCGACGCGAGCGGUUUCUCGUCUGGUUCCUCUGGUUUCGACGCGAGCGGUUCCUCUGGUUCCUCUGGCUUCGAUUCGGGCUUCCCAGGGGCGGAUUUCGGCGGAGCCUUCGGGCCGAGCGGCUCCUCGUCCUCGUCGUCUUCGGGUAUCAACGUCCCCAUCUCGGGUCCUCCUUUGGAUGGGGCGUUCGGCUCCGGCUUCGGCUCCGGUGAGGCUGCAGGAGGAGGAGGAGGAGGAGGAGGAGGAGGAGUGGGCAUAGGCCUAGGGUUAGGAGCCGGAGAUCUAGGAGGAGGAGGAGGAGUGGGUCUAGGCUUAGGCUCAGGAGGCUCAGAUCUAGGAGGCUCAGGAGGAGGAGGCGGAGGCGUGGGCUUAGGUUUAGGCUCAGGAGGCUCAGAUCUAGGAGGAGGAGGAGGCGCAGGAGGCCUCUUCAAGGGCAAAGAUCCCGGCGGGUCUCCCACGGCGCCGGGGCGAGAUAUGGCUUUCCCGUUUUUUGAGCGAGGCCCACCGGUGCCCUUCGGAGCUCCAGAUCUGGCCAAAAUCUAUCACGAUAUUUACGGUAUCAAAAUGAUCAAGGAUGACACAGCAUUUCCGCUUAGGAGAGCCCCCGCGCCGGCGAAUUUGGAAUUGCCGAGACA